UCGUAGGCGUGUGUGUGUAUAGUGUACUGGGUUAUAUGUCUCGGUGACGGUCAAAGGGUCCGCUGCCUUCCGCUGCGUGAUGUCACUCCUUCUUAUAAAUUCGCUGAGAGCGAGGCGCGGUUAUUUACCCGACCCGGGCAGUUAACGGGGCUCAGUCGUAAGGAACGCCGAGCUAGUGGGUCUUUGUCAAAGGAAAAGUAACUUGCUAGUAUCGCUACAAAACAGAACAAGAUCUAAACAACAAACGGGAUGUGCAACAGAUGGCCAUUAUUCAACCACUAUUGAAGGGAAAGGACGUUGUUAUCCGUGAGUCAUGGAUAGAAAGUGGACCUAGUCGAGUUGCGCAUAAUCAAAAACUGGAAAAAAAGAGGAAUAAAUCAGUAUCAUGGUGUUAAUAAUUAUAACAUUAUCACCAUGUAAUCAGUGAAGUGUUGACAUUACCCUUUUUUGUUAAACGACUUUGACAGCACUCAAACGAACUAUAAAGCAUCUAUCCUAUCAAACACCACGAAAGAAAAAUGAAGGGAUAUGUUAUUUUUUUAUUCUACAAUUGAAUGAACUAUUUUGAUGUUUGUGGCUGAAGUCUUCUCGGACCCAUCCCUUAUCUGUUGACGAUGACAGCUCAGUGCGGGUCUCGUUUCGCCACUUUUGGACAGAUGGAAGCUGAGGAACGCAGAUUGUUGGAUUACUUUUUACGUCUUUAAACUGAAGUCGCCGCUAAUGCGUUAUAUGGUUACUCUACGAAUAUGAAUAGCAACUUUUUAAAAGGCAUUUUAUCCGCUCAAGUAUCACCCCGUGCGUCUCUGGGCCAUGGCUGACAUCAUUACGCGGGUGGGAUUCGGGGUGUUCCGAUUUCAUGGUACAAUUAUGAAUGUUUUACUUCAGUGAAUUUCAUUUACAUCGAGCACGGUCUAUGGAUUGCCUGAAUGACUAUUACUGUUCGAAGGACUAUGUUUGAAUGACACAUUUUUUCAGCAUUUGUUGAAGCAAUUAAUCAUUUCCCCCAGAAGAAUAACUAUCCAAGCAUCAGCGGUGUGUGUGAGUUGAAAUAUAUUUAGUAAUUGAAUUGAAUGAUUGGAUAAGAUUAUUCUUUCUUUUUCUUUCAUUGAAUAUCCAAUAACCAUUUCGUGGAUCUUAACCCAUCUGAGUGUUGGAAAGAGUCAUGAAAAGAGAGUGCGUGACUGGAGGAGUAAAAUGAUCUGUUUUACACUGGACAACUUGUCAGUGUAUUUGACAAAGCAGCACAAGCUUUUUCUCUUUCUCUGAUUUUAAUUCAAUCAUCUCGUGCGUAAAGUUCUAAGGGGGAUGCCUCUUGAGCCCAUCAGCCAUGUCUCUGUUUCUGCGUUAGAGCCCUCCUCUUUGCUGCCCUCUCACUGGACAACGAGUCUUCCUCAAGGGAUUAAGGUAGCAGAUAACAGAAACCUAUAUAUACAUUUUUUUCACCUUCACUCACUCCAAACAUACUUCAUGGUCCCCGUGAGUUUCUGAAUUUUCUCCAAUAUAUGUGCUCCUGCUGGCGUCGCCAUGGCUGCGGCCCCAAAAGUUACAUGCCUGUCAGCGCCAGGGGUAAAUGUGAUUACCAACCUGAACCUCAGUGUCACCACCGGAUCUGCCCCCUAUUACAACCAGACAGCACUGCGAAUCCCACGCUAUUCCCCAGAGGCCACUGCGUUAUUCGCAAUCGCGAUCACCCUCAUGAUGAUCCUCACCAUCGUCGGCAACAUCUUGGUCAUCAUUGCAGUGCUGACCUCACGCUCACUCCAUGGCCCACAGAACCUUUUCCUUGUCUCCCUGGCUGCAGCCGACAUCCUAGUCGCUACCCUCAUCAUCCCCUUUUCACUGGCCAAUGAGCUGCAGGGUUACUGGGCGUUCCGCUCACUGUGGUGUGAGAUCUACCUGGCGUUGGACGUCUUCUUCUGCACGUCCUCCAUUGCCCACCUGUGUGCCAUCUCAUUGGACCGCUACCUGUCCAUCUCCCGGCCCGUGUCCUAUGGCAUCCAACGGACGCCAGCGCGCAUCAAGGCGGCCAUCGUGGUCGUUUGGCUUCUCUCGGCCGUCAUCUCCUUCCCUCCUCUCCUCUCCCUGGAUAAGAGCAAGGGAGGGGUGGAGGUGUGUGAGCUGAACAACGAGCGUUGGUAUAUUCUCUACUCCACCAUUGGAUCGUUCUUCGCCCCGUGUCUCAUCAUGAUCGGGGUCUACAUCAGGAUCUACCAGAUUGCCAAGCAACACACAAGAUGUCUGCCAGGGGAGAAACCCAACCCUAACAAAACCCCUGGCAACAUGUCUAGCAACCCUCCUAGCAACCCCACACAUCCCUCACCGGGACCGGUCAUCAUCCCCCAACUCAAGCCUCUCAGCCAACCACAGAACCACAAAGGGGAGGGAGGGAAAGCAGGCAGACAAUCUACGGACGCCGUACCUCUGAAGAGUCUCCCUGUCUCCUCCCCCCCGUCUCCUCCUCCCCAGAGUGAGACCCAGGCCAAGAGUCAACCCCAGAUGUCUUUACCAAAUACUGUCCCCACCUCACCCCAGCCUACCUCACCCACCGUAGCUCUCUCCCUCACACUCCUCUCUCCAUAUAGCCAACAUGAGGAGACCCACAGACAGGGUGAGAUACAGGAGGAGAAACAUAGAGACACCCCCAAUGAUGACAGCUUCAGCUCUGGCUCCAAGGCAGAGACGAGGGGAAGAGGAAAGGGAGGGAGAGGGGGAGGGAAAGGGACAGUUAAGAAUAAUGGAGGAUCAAAGUCUGGAGGAGCACCUCUCUCUUCUCUGACCUCUCACGAGGCCAAAAAUAUUGUAGCCACCCCCACCGGUACAGUGCUGGUCUCUGAUAGGCCGGUGAAGCCACAGGCCACUCCCAUGUCUCGGCGCAGGGCCAUGGUAAACCGAGAGAAGCGCUUCACGUUUGUCCUGGCCGUGGUGAUCGGAGUGUUUGUUAUCUGUUGGUUCCCUUUCUUCUUCUCCUACUCACUGAAGGCCAUCUUUCCUGAGACCUGCUUGGUCCCUGCUCCCCUCUUCACGUUCUUCUUCUGGAUCGGCUACUGCAACUCCUGUCUGAAUCCCGUCAUAUACACCAUCUUCAACCAGGACUUCAGGAAGGCCUUCAAGAAGAUCCUCUGUAGGGACACCAAGGGGACGUUCUUCUAGUGUGGACACUAUGUAAGGACAUCAAGUGGAUGUUUAUGUAGAGUGGAUACUGUGUGAGGACAUCAAGUGGAUGUUCUUGUAGAGUGGAUACUGUGUAAGGACAUCAAGUGGAUGUUCUUGUAGAGUGGAUACUGUGUAAGGACAUCAAGUGGAUGUUCUUGUAGAGUGGAUACUGUGUAAGGACAUCAAGUGGAGGUUCUUGUAGAGUGGAUACUGUGUAAGGACAUCAAUUGGAUGUUCUUGUAGAGUGGAUACAGAUGGUACAUGAUUCUCUACAUUGCUUGUUUUGCCACUGAAACUGAAAUUAGGCAAACUAUUAUAAUCUUAGCAACCAGGAAAUGGUCGCGAAAUUUCUGCAUAUUGCACCUUUAAGACAUUGUCAGCUAUACUCUGGUCAUUAUUUGAACUGGCUAGCCAGCUAGCAAUGAAUCAAAACAUUGUUUAGAAAAUUGCUUUUAGUUACCUUUCUUGCCAGCUUGACAUUUACUGAAUUCAUUUUUAAACUGAGGGGUUUAUUGGUGAUAAAAUACAGAAGGUAUGCUAUAUGGUGCAUCGGGCUGCUGAUUUUCUUUUUCAUAACAACAACCGACAAGUUUGAUGUUGGACGGCAAUAGAAUGCUCAUGCUGUCGCUACAACCAUUUUCUAAAGACAUGUCAAUAGACUGACCGUAAACCACCUUUAGAAGAACAUCCCCUUGGUGUCCCUACAUUUGAAAAUUACAUCAUGGCAUUUAAUUGAAGUAUACUCGAUUUUCGAAAUGUUGCAAUCUAUUAAACUUUAUUUUAUUUCUAGAGUAGAUACUGUGUAGAGACACCAAGGGGACAUUCUUCUAGAGUAGAUACUGCGUAGGGACACCAAAGGGACGUUCUUCUAGAGUAGCCUAACCCUAACCCUAACCCUAACUCUAACCCUCAAAUAUAGAAAAACAGAAAACACUGGACAACUCUAACAGUUAAUUUGGCAUUGGGUCAAAAGCCUCAUCUACAUUUUGAAUUAGGGUUAGGGUUAGAGACACCAAAGGGACGUUCUUCUAGAGUAGAUACUGUGUAGAGACACCAAAGGGAUGAUCUUCUAGAGUAGAUACUGUGUAGAGACACCAAAGGGAUGAUCUUCUAGAGUAGAUACUGUGUAGAGACACCAAGGGGACGAUCUUCUAGAGUAGAUACUGUGUAGAGACACCAAAGGGACGAUCUUCUAGAGUAGAUACUGUGUAGAGACACCAAGGGGACGAUCUUCUAGAGUAGAUACUGUGUAGAGACACCAAAGGGACGAUCUUCUAGAGUAGAUACUGUGUAGAGACACCAAAGGGACGAUCUUCUAGAGUAGAUACUGUGUAGAGACACCAAAGGGACGAUCUUCUAGAGUAGAUACUGUGUAGAGACACCAAGGGGACGAUCUUCUAGAGUAGAUACUGUGUAGAGACACCAAAGGGAUGAUCUUCUAGAGUAGAUACUGUGUAGAGACACCAAAGGGAUGAUCUUCUAGAGUAGAUACUGUGUAGAGACACCAAGGGGACGAUCUUCUAGAGUAGAUACUGUGUAGAGACACCAAAGGGACGAUCUUCUAGAGUAGAUACUGUGUAGAAACACCAAGGGGAUGAUCUUCUAGAGUAGAUACUGUGUAGAGACACCAAAGGGACGAUCUUCUAGAGUAGAUACUGUGUAGAGACACCAAGGGGACGAUCUUCUAGAGUAGAUACUGUGUAGAGACACCAAAGGGACGAUCUUCUAGAGUAGAUACUGUGUAGAAACACCAAGGGGACGAUCUUCUAGAGUAGAUACUGUGUAGAGACACCAAAGGGACGAUCUUCUAGAGUAGAUACUGUGUAGAGACACCAAAGGGACGAUCUUCUAGAGUAGAUACUGUGUAGAAACACCAAGGGGACGAUCUUCUAGAGUAGAUACUGUGUAGAGACACCAAGGGGACGAUCUUCUAGAGUAGAUACUGUGUAGAGACACCAAAGGGACGAUCUUCUAGAGUAGAUACUGUGUAGAGACACCAAAGGGACGAUCUUCUAGAGUAGAUACUGUGUAGAGACACCAAGGGGACUUACUGGAUGUAAUGUAAAGACAGAUAUUAGUUUACCCGUGCAGGGGACCACAGACAAACUUUUGAGUCUGUCCUUUGUUGAACAUUGUGUUCAAUCUGAUAAGAAAAAUGCUGAACUUUGGAAUUCUGGAAUAGAUGAACGUGCUCUGAUGUACACAUUGAGGGGCAGUGGAAGAGGAGGAAGGUGAUGCAAUCUGUCUGAGAAAAAGCAAAGACCUUUACAGCUUGUUUAGCGAUUGGCACAAAACAGGGCCAUCAGUCAUGAGGACAUGUUGCUCAAAUGACAGUAUCACACUGCUCUUGUUGUUCCUCUAUAAUUGGCUCUGGUUAAGAGCGUCUGCUAAAUGACUCAAAUGUAAAUGUAGAAGGAAAGGAAGGUUACACUCUGUUGAUUGCAUUGGCUGGCUGGGUAACUGCUACCCAUAGCCAUUACCUGUAGCCUUGUGACUGGCCACUAUGAACUACAAGGACAGAGUGUGUCCAUGAUCACCUGGUACGGUCCACUGCAAUGACACAAAGUGGGCAGGAGCAUGUGCAGUAGAAUGUGUUCCCAGAGUUCUCUGUGUUCUAGAACUUGUAGUGUGUGAAGGCAGUUUGUCCAGCUGUCCAGCCUCUGUCAUAAACUCAUACACUACGGAGGAUGUCUUUUAAAGGAACCAACCAGCUCUGAGGGUGUGUUGUUUUGAGUAUCUGAAAUUAACAUUGAUGUUUUUAUAUAAGUAUGAAAUGAAUAUAAACACAUGAAAAGUUAAAUAUGGAAUGGGUUGUUGAUGUGACCAAGGCCUCAGUCAUGUAAUUGAUUGGGGUAUAUAGGGGAAACACUGGUGUGUGUGUGUAGUGUAGUGACCUAAGGGUUUUACUGGAACAGCGGAAAUCACUCAUGUUUUUUUAUAUAUAUAUGAGAUAAAGAACUCACAAGACCUCUCUCUGUCGCUGUCUCUCUGUCUCUCUGUCUCUGUGUGUGCAUGCAAGGUUUACAGAGUGCAUGCCUAUGAAUACACAUUCUCCAAUUCUGUGUGAACCAACGGAUCCAUAAUUAUUUAUUUAUUUAGACUGGUGUAAUGUAAAAACAUUGAAUACAUUCUAAAUCUAAAGUGUACACUGAGUGUACAAAACAUUAGGACCACCUGCUCUUUCCAUGACAUAGACUGACCAGGUGAACCCAGAUGAAAGCUACAGUAUAUGACCCCUUAUUGUUAAAUCCACUUCAAUCAGUGUAGAUGAAGGGGAGUAGACAGGUUAAAGGAUAUUUAAGCCUUGAGACAUGGAUUGUGUAUGUGUGCCAUUCAGAGGAGGAUGAAUGGAAAAGGACAUCCAGCCAACUUGACACAACUGUGGGAAGCAUUGGAAUCAAAAUGGGCAAGCAUCCCUGUGGAAUGAUUUUGACACCUUGUAGAGUCCAUGCCCUGACGAAUUGAGGCUGUUCUGAGGGUACACUCAGUGUACAGUAUACCAUAUUUAGAAAAAAUAUUGUGUUGACUGACUACAUUUUGUAAACAAAAGACUGCAGGUCACCUAGCAGUUAAAGCGUUGGGUCGAUGUGCCCAUGACCAAGGCACUUAACCCUAAUUGCACCAGGUUUGCUGUUGAUAAUGGCAGACCAUUGCCAUGACCCCACUUUCUGAUGGUGUCUCAGGGACAGUUGGGAUAUGCAAAAAACACAUUUCUAAUUCACACAUAUUAUUUGACGCUUGUACAUGUGUGAAAUAGGACAAAUAUAAGCAUCUACCAAAUUAUUAUUAAUGGGAAAAUCAAAAAGAGUGACCUACAGGUAACUGCCAAAAUACAAUGCAUUCUGAAAGUAUUCAGACCACUUGCCUUUCUCCACAUUUUCUUACGUUACAGCCUUAUUCUAAAAUUGAUUCAAUUCAAAUUUUCCUCAUCAAUCUACACACAAUAUCCCAUAAUGAAAAAGUGAAAAGUUUAUUUACAUUUUUGAAAAUGUUAACAUUUUUAAAAAUAAAAACAGAAAUACCUUAUUUACAUAAUUAUUCAGACCCUUUGUUAUGAGACUUGAAAUUGAGCUCAAAUUUGACAUAAUUUGGAAAGGCACACACCUGUCUAUAUAAGGUUGAGGUCAAAGGAAUUGUCCGUAGAGCUCCGAACCUGUCUCAGCCUCCAGUAUUUAUGCUGCAGUAGUUUAUGUGUCGGGGGGCUAGGGUCAGUUUGUUAUAUCUGGAGUACUUCUCCUGUCCUAUUCAGUGUCCUGUGUGAAUCUAAGUGUGCGUUCUCUAAUUCUCUCCUUCUCUCUCUCGGAGGACCUGAGCCCUAGGACCAUGCCCCAGGAUUACCUGACAUGAUGACUCCUUGCUGUCCCCAGUCCACCUGGCUGUGCUGCUGCUCCAGUUUCAACUGUUCUGCCUUCUUAUUAUUCGAACAUGCUGAUCAUUUAUGAACAUUUAAACAUCUUGGCCAUGUUCUGUUAUAAUCUCCACCCGGCACAGUGUUGGAUUUAUUAUGGAUAAAUGAAUAAACAAUAUCCCCAUUUUCAAUAGAAUUGUGUCUAGGUAAACUUAUACUCUGUAUGUUUAUUGAAUUUAUGAGUUCAUAAGAAGAAAUUGUGUGACAGGACAAGGAGGAAUAGAAUGUUAAUGAACACCAUUUCCAACUGGGCAGGAACAAAUGUGUUGUGGACUGUGUAAACACAUAAGGUCGUUAGCCUAUGGUUGACCCUACUGAAACUUAGCUCUGGGGUUUUUAGAUUAGGCAGUGAGUGCAUUCCUAGGGUUUCUGUUAAUUAAACCUGUCAGUUCAGUGGUGAUCGAUAAUGUUGAGGGGUCAAAAGUUAUCUGGGAGUGUGUUAGUAAGGUAGAAUGAACUCUUCACCUUACUUUGUCCUGUCGAGAGGGGGGGGGGGUUCGUUUAAGACAGUGAAAUGACGUCAUGAUCUGUAUUUAAUCUGAGGCAUGUGUUUUGAGUGGUAGCGCGCUCCGAGAAUAAAUUCUAUUACCUAUUAUUUAAA